AUGGAAGCUUCCAAAACUCUCCACCAAAUAAUUCAUUUAUCUACCCAAUCAGAAAUAAUAUCUGUUCUUGAAAAAAAUCUCUUCGAGACUCGGUUCAAUGAUGCCAUUUUAAGUGGUUCACGAGCAGCUCGUUAUUAUUUACCAAAUUUCCGAGAAACAUUCAAUACAAAAAAUAUCGAUUGGGAUAUAAUUUGUUCUUCAAAGUAUUUAUUAAAUUGGUUACGUGAGAAAGGCAAUAAAGUUCAAAGCAUCGAAAUGAUGAUUCCGACAACUGAUGGCGAGUUUGAUUUCGAUUUAUAUAUAUAUUGUACUCUAUCCAAUGGAUCUAAAUAUGACUUUAUUAACCCACGUACCACAGCAUCGUAUACUGCAUAUAUUUUAGAUAAUUUCGAUAAAUGGACGACAAAAAGAGUUCAAUACUGUCGAUGGGAACCUAAUUUUCACUCGUUCGAGAUAGCGUCAGUGAAAUUAUUAUUCAUUUUUAAAAAAUACAUGCUUUACUAUACACAUCAGUGGAGAAAAACAGCAAAAGAUUAUAGAGAAUUGCUUACAAUUGCAGAUCCACUUACCGAUGAUGACAUCAUUUUGUGCGAUUUAUUCAAUCAAUAUAAUGAGAAACUGUUUGGAAGAUGCUCAUCCAAUAUGGAUGAAUUCGUUAUUGUUCAAGAGAAGGAUUCCCAUAAUAUAGUUAUUAAUCGAGAUGAUUUCUUGACACAAGAUAAAAAUGAGCGAACCUCACGUUUGUACCAAAUUGCUUUAUCAAUAUCCUUUGAUAAUGACAUUCUUAUUGGAUUAGAACAACUUUGUACAAAAAGUCCAUUAUGGCUAUCAGAUUAUGUUAUUAAUAAUUGGAUUGCUAUUCAAAAUGAAAAAAUAAAACAAAGACCACUGCAAUUACCAUAUCCUUGUAUCGAAGUUCAAGUUGACAAUUAUUGCUUGUUUGAAAAAAUACCAGAAAUUCCUACUCGACAAAUUCUUAAAUGUAUCACUCGAGCAGUUGAUUUUUACAACAUGCAAUUCGUAUGUAAACGAUGGUAUAAAAUACUACAUCAAGAAUCCUUCUGGCGAGACUUGCAUAUAUCACAUUAUGGAGAUUGUUUGAGAAAUACUGAUAAUUCUACCAAAUGGAAACGACUGUAUUUUGAUAAACUCAAUGGAGAGAACAUGGAACGUAAAAAUAAACAUGGAUACUUCGUAGAUGCAACAAUUAAAUUGAGACAAUGUACAGCAAAUGAUGUUCUGAAAUUAUGGGAAGAUUUGACUCAUCAAGAACAAUCUGUAGAUCCGGCGAUUAUGUCUAAUAUUGAUUUUAUUCUUGCAAAUUCUAUUUAUACUAAUUUGACGCACAAAUCGGAUCAUUACUCAGCGAAACUUAUUGUUGUUGGACUUGAGGACUUUCAUUCAUCGCCAACCAGUGUUUUAUCUAAGUUUCAUUUCUCGAAUGCGCGGCGUACAUCAUAUCCGCCUUCUAAACCAAUGGCUUCUUUAAAUUUUCCGGUUGACGAAUCAGAACGUCAGGUGGACGAUGCUCACCCGGCCCAUACAGUAGAUAAAAAACUGAGGACGACAGUUCAUUUGGAGUUAGAGAUGGGAGAAUAUGGAAAAAUUUCUCGCUUUUCUGAUUAUAUGGAAAUUUUGUCUGUGACUUGUCACUGUACUGAUGGCGGUGUGCAUUCGUUGAAAUUUAGUGGUCAAGAAUUGUUUGGUUUUUACAUGUAUAGUCGAGAGUAUGGUCAUGUCAAGGGUACGAAACUUGGGUCAAAUACAUGUUCUAUAUUUCCAGCAUAUCCAUCUGGGCUUCUUGUUUGCUUGUUUGCCGUAAUGACUCAUCCAAGUCAUCGGGAAGAAUUCAUAAAAUAUUUGAAAAAUCUUGAAAACCACUGUUUGCCAUAUGUUUCAUAUGAGGAAUACUAUUAA